AGUGUGUGUCUGUAUAUGUGUGUGUUUGUUUUUGCAUGUAAAUUGGAAUUAGAGCACCGGCGUGUGAGUUUCUGUGUGUGUCCACACGUGUGUUCAGUAGAUGUAAGUGUGUGUGUUUGCAUGUGAGUUUCUGUGGGUUUGUGUGCGUACGGUUGUGAACUUCUGAUUGGCUGAGCAGAUCCGAGUCUGAUCUUGAUUGGUGUUCUGGUGUUUCGGUGUCUGGUGAUUCUUCCUCGUUUUGAUGAGUGGAGCAGACCUGAAGAAGCGGACCACGGACCAACACCACGGAUGAAGAGCUUCAGUCCAGAUCGGACCUGUACAGGCUGAAUUCUGGUGGAAAGCUGAGUUCUGACCGUUCUGGAGGUUCUGCAGCUCUGAGACAGGGCGGAGCCACAGAGAAGCCGAUCUGAUGGCGUUAUGUCGACUCUGGUUGGUGGUCCUGAUGAUGAUGAUGCUGAAGGAUGAAGCUGCUUCUGUAAAGAUCAUCACAGUCCCUGUGACCACUGGGAGGAGCCUGGUGCUGUCUCCUGACCAUCUGGAGGGAGUCGAAGACGGCUGGGAUUUCAGGUGGACCCAUGCUCACCUGGUCCUCCACAACCUUACCACGGUGUGUCCACACGGACGCUGUGAGAGGCUGAAGAAUGGAUCCAUCCAUUUCAGCCGAGUCCAGCCGGAGGACUCAGGAAACUACACCCUGGAUGUGUUUGACCAACAGGGGAAAUGGAAGGCAGGAGCUCGGUUCUUGCUGCAGGUGGAUGACGCUCAGAAGGUCCCUGUGUCUUCAGAUUCCAGCGGUAAGUGGCCAGCCAAGUUCUUGGCCCUUCUCCUGUUGCUUCCACUCAUCAGCAUCAUCAUCAUCUUUAUCCAGAGGAGGAUGAAGAUGCAAAGGAUGGUGAUCACAGCCCAGAAAGAGAACAAUGUUUAUGUGGAGAUGCAGAGUCGCCGUAGCAACAAGGAGAAGCAGAAAGAGGAGGAGUCUGUCUAUGUUCCCUGUCAUCCUGCUGUGAAAGAAGACGACGUAUACGUGUGACAACCAAUCAAAGCACCUCCACCACCUUCAUCAGCAUCUUGUCAUGAAUUAACAGAUGAGGCUGAUGAAAAUAAAGCAGAAGCUUGAGAGCCCGUCAGCAGGAGAACCCUCAGAACCACACCUGACCAAGUUCUGGCUCAUUGAAGAAGCAUAACUGACUAACUAAAGAUGAAAACAGCUCAAAACACGGCUUCAGAUCCAGAUAUCCAGAAGAACAGCUGGACCUCUGAUCCCAUCUGUGCUUUAACCUAACACUGAAAAUGGAAACUUUCGAAUCGUGUUCGGCGUGAAGCAUAGACAGUACACAGAGAACUGGACUGUUCAUCCUCCUUCAUGUUCCAAACAGGAAGUACCAGAAAGCCAAAAUCCAUAGACUUCCAUAGAGAAUCAAACAUCUGUUACUCCAUCAUUGUGUUUGUCAGAAUAACCGUUCUUGUUCUGGUGUCUCUUUUAAACAUUUUGUUCCUAUUGUAGUGUCUGUUGGUUGAUGUCUUUCAGGGAAAAACACACUUAGAAAAAACACUGUGUUUGUUGUUUUUGGAAUGAUUGGAAAAAUCUGAAAAGAGCACAACUGAACACGAGAAAAACAACACAUUUUUCAACACAUGAGUGCAAAGUGACUUUCUGCACCUAAACAGAAGUCAGUUUUUAUGUGGUGCCCCAUCUAAGUGAUGGCACCAAAACUACAGGAAAAUAUAAAACAUUAAGGCCCGAUCCGAGUUCUCCCUCUCCCUUAGCCCUCCCCCUUCGUUCAUCCCUCCGUGCUCGCUCCAAAUGAUGAAAAAA